ACAUCUAGGUAUGUACCCCAUGGCCCCGGUUCCCAUGUUUUUCCCACACCCCCACGGAGCGCCAGCAGCGCCGGCCUCUGCUCCCACUACACCACCUACUCCCAUGUUCAGUCCGCACCUCACAGAGGGCAGUGUGUUCUCCUACGAUCACCAAGGAAGUUCAUAUGAGGAACUCCAUGCUCCCAUGAUUAAUGGAGGGGUUGUAAGUACAGCAAGCAGCAUCUCCUCUGAAUACAUCCGGCAAGAGCUAAGAGCGAUAGUUGGUGCAAGGACAGGAAACAGCCAGUCACGUGGAGGAACAGGAACAAUGUCAACACCAACAACACCUACCAGUCAGCAUCCUUCAUUGAAUGGACCCCCUUCUGUUGAAGGACCCCCCCCACCUCCACCUCCUUCAGCACCUCAACCACCACCUCCACCUCCACCUACCUCUCUUCCUCCCACUCACAGUCCUGCCUUCAAUGCACUGGAGCUGGAACGGAUCUUGGAACUGAAUUCUGCCAGUGGGAGCACAGGUGACUCAGGGUCCACUUCAUCAUGGGGUACAGGAGUUCCCACAUCUAUUUCUGAUCCUCCCCCUCUCCCUCAGACUGCAAGCCAGGCUCAGCCUCAGCCAUCACCUAGGAUGGAUACAGAGCUGAUUCGAGGGAGUGAAGGGAAAAGCCUCUUGCAGCAGCUGCUGUCAGAGUAACGAAGACGCUUCGACAGUCGCCGGAUGCUGACAGGAAACCCUGCAUCGGCUCGGCUUCCUCCUGUGAUCGGUCUUUUAAAACUCAAACUCAUUUUCCUCCAGAUUUCAAUCAGAUCAUAGUCUCUCUGUUUCUAUCAACUAUUUUUUGCUCAUCUCUUUGUUAAUUUUUACUUGGGCUUCGUGCAAGCAGCAACAUUGAGGCAUUGAUAAAGCGACCUCGUCUCUUCCUCGUAAGGUGUUUGUGCCUGCUCGCUGUCUCUGAAUUUGCUAUUGUGUCUUGUUUGAUUCUGUGCCCUGUUGAACUUUUACCCUCUCCCAUUGACUCCUCUUGGGUAAAUCAAUCCUCUUCCUCAUGUGGGGGGGGGCCAUAUAUGAUUUUCCCCCUUUUUUUUUUCAAGAAAGUACAAAUCCACGGUGGAAGUCAAACAGAUCUUCGACCAUUACUGCCUUAACAGUUUGUUGCUCAGUUCUCGUUCAUCAGUC